CCUGACCAUGGCUGAUUUUGGGGAAAUACUGCAUAAUAUAGGAGAGUUUGGAUUGUUUCAAAAGACCAUUCUAUUUGCUCUUUGCUUCCCAAACUUUUUCUUGCCUUUUCACUUUGCGAGUGUAGUUUUUACCCAGUCUGAUCCAGAGAGGUACUGUAACACAGAUUGGAUCCAGGAAGCUGCUCCUAACCUUACUGCAGAGGAGCAACUGAACCUCACUCUGCCUAGGGAGGAGGAUGGGAUCUUCAGCAGGUGUCGGAUGUUUGUCCCCGUGGACUGGGACAUCCAUGCCAUAAGGGAUUAUGGACUUAAUGAGACAACAGGGUGUAUGAAUGGAUGGGUUUAUGGCAGCAUGCUGUAUCAGUCCACCAUAGUUACUGAUUUUGAUCUAGUUUGUGACCAGACUCAUUUGUUGGGAGUUGCACAGACAGUGCUGAUGGCUGGCAUUGUCACUGGAUGUCUCUUACUCGGACUUUUCGCUGAAUCGUUUGGCCGUAAACGAGCCACUCAGAUCCCGGUAGUACUGAUGGUUGUUUUCACUGUAGCAACUGGAUUUUCUCCGACCUACCCCUUUUAUUUGGCGUCCCAGUUCGUGGUGGGAAUUGGCUAUGGAGGCUAUCGGCUCAACAGCGUCAUCCUAAGUAAAGUUUUUUUAUAA